UUUCCACGUUGUAAAUCUUUGUAAUAAGUUCUGGUAUAAGGUUACAGAGCAAGGCGAUUGGCCCUUGUCUCGCUCCGAGGGACGUACCUGAGUCCUGACUGGCUGCUUUUUAAAUACGAGGUGGGGGGACUCCAGAGAAGGAUUCUAUAUAUAUAUAUUAUAUAUGUGUGUAUGCGAGUGUGUUUGAAAUUUACAACAAAAAUUGAGAGACAGAGAGAGAGAGAGGGGGAGGCGGUGGGGAGCAAGAUUGAAAAGGAGUGAAGCAGCUCCAGCAAUUUCUCAUGUAGGCUUGAGACUGCUCACAGUACAGGGCUGGGAGGGGAGGCUGCCGAAGAUCUCGGUGAUGCAGGACGCCAAACUGGAUGAUUUCAUUUGUCAUCUUCGCAAAGAAAUGAUAAAUAUGAAGGAGGCAGGGGCUUGUCUUCGGGAUCAAAUGCAAUGUAUGAUGCAGGCAUUGCAGGACCUAAAACAGAUCCAUAGUAUCAGCACCCUGAACCUGAAGGAGGAGGAGGCAGCCUUGCCCCCUGCCAAGGGGAGGAGCUCACACAGUUUUACCUCUGACGUCUCCGAAUCGGACACAUAUGACUCCGCUUGUUGCCUAGCGUCUCCGAGAAGUGAGGACGAAGGCAGCCCAUCAGUAUUUGCAUCACCCACCAGUGAGAGAAGCUUAGAGUUUGACUCUGGUUAUUCAGAGGCAUCUGGCCCCACGUUGACAAAGGCAGCACGAGUAGGAAGCUCACCAUGUUUGAGAGAGAAUAGACUUCCUACUGUUGGGAUCUUGAGGAAUAAAAUUGGCUUGGGACUAAACAAAAAAGUAAGGCCAAAAUCUACUUCCGAUGUUUAUUCGGAACAGUGUUCUUGGAAGAUUUUCGAUUAUACGGAUCCCAAUGACUGGACAGUGAAUUUGCUCUCACAGAGCAGGAAUAGGCAGCCCCUUGUACUGGGGGACAACUGUUUUGCAGAUCUGGUGGAAAACUGGAUGGACCUACCAGAGGAGGUUGAUGAGAUGACGGAACCAAAGGCUAAGGAUCACUCCGGCAGAUGGUUGGGAAAGCCUCAUGAAUUCAUCCUGAACAUCUCUGGAAAUGUCAGGCGUAAACUGGCCAACAUUUCAAGGUCUGACAGGUCAAAGAGUACAGACCCCAAGCACCAAAGCAGCAGAGACAACAGCCAUGCACAUAUGCUAUCAAAGAGACUCUCUUGUCCGACAAAUUUGGGUAAUUACAUGCCAAAGCUCUCUUAUCUGCAUCGUUCUCACUCUAACCUACCCCAGACGCAUGAAGCAUCAACAGACUUUGAUAAGUUUAUUGCUUUGAUGAAAAGCAGAAGUAGGAAACCAAUAAUUUGCAAGGACACAAUUAGUUAUGUAUAGAAUAAACAAAGUGAACAUUGAUUCUUGCGCUUCCAACUUGAGGCGUAUAUUAAUCUCAUUUUUGUAUCACUUUUUGAUGUAAGCCAAAAUGUAUAUAGCCAUGUAGUUUGUGCACAUACAUUUUAUAUUUUAUACAAUGCCUUAAAAUAAACACAAAAGAUUCUUCAA